AUGUGCCUUUACAGCCGAAGCACAACAGGCAGGGAGGUCGUCGAAGCCUUGGCAGAUCGUGUCACCGGCACGACAUUCCUCACAACUGGACCUAGCGUGAAGUCCAUCGGAGCAGAGACAACACUCUCCCUUGCCAACGGAAAUUCCGCUCAAGUCAUCCUCGCUCGGCGCAAUGAAUCCAAAAUCCGUCCCGUGAUCGAGCAAAUCAAAGCCUUGAACCCCAACAUCAAAGUCACGUUCCUCCAGCUUGACCUCGCAGACCAAGCUUCAAUCCGCGAAGCUGCUUCAGGGAUCAAUACCAGUGUUGAAAAGAUCGAUUAUUUGAUCAACUGUGCUGGUGUGAUGGCCAUUCCGACCUUCGAGACGACCAAAGAUGGCAUUGAAAUGCAAUUUGGUUUGAACCAUAUCGGCCACUUUCUCUUCAUUAAAUUGAUCAUCGGGGAGAUUCUUGGGGCUGGAAAGAGUGCGAGAGUUAUCAACGUCCCGAGCAUAGGGUUUGAACACGAUGUUGUGAGGUACGAGGAUUGGAACUUCCAGAAUGGAAAAGACUACCACACAUGGGGUGCUUAUGCUCAGUCAAAGACGGUAAAUGUGCUGUUAUCUGCUGUCUUGGCUGAAAAGUUGAAGAACAAGGGGAUUCAAUCGUACCCUGUUCAUCCUGGAGUGAUUCUCGAAUCAAAUUUGUCCACUCAUGUUACCCCAGAAAUGUGGAACAGCGCUUUUGAGUGGGCAAAUAGAAACAACAAAGGUGACGAGCAGGUUCCGGUUGCAAUGGAAACCCCGAAGACUGUUCAAGAGGGAUGCUCCACUUCUUUGGUUGCAGCUCUUGGCCCUUCCAUUGAAGGCACGAUGAUUAUCCCUCCAAAAUCUUGUUACAAUAUGAUUUGA